AUGAAGCCAGUUUUUCAGUUGGUGACGAUCGCCAUCGGCACCAUGCCCGCACUUUGCCUGCUUUGUCUCACGGCCACUUUGGCUGCGUUCGCGCGGUCAGUCACCGCCGCGGGACCGGUCGUCCGUUGCGACCCGUGCGACGCUGUGGCGCUCCUACAGUGCAAGCCUCUUCCCAAGGACUGCGCAGAGCGGCUGAGAGAGCCGGGCUGCGGCUGCUGCGUGACGUGCGCCCUCGGCCAAGGACAUGCGUGCGGCGUGUACACGGCGCGCUGCGGCUCCGGUUUGACCUGCCAGCACCAGUUGGGCGAGAGCAGACCCCUGCAAGCGUUGUUGGAGGGACGGGGAGUGUGCGCUAAAAAACUCAACAGAAUCCCAGUGACGCCGCAAAAGCAAGACCAUGGCCAAAAUCAGGUUGAGGAAAGUCUUACCAACAAGACGUCUACGCUGAGUGUGGUGCCUGUUUUUUCAUCUGUCAAAGAGAAGCACAGUGGAAGUCUGAUGGAUACCAGGCCUCCAUUACACAACAAGCUGAUAAAGAAAGAUCAGAACCGAAAGACUCACAGCUACAAGGUGGAAUCAGUGUCAGAGGGAGGAGCCAUUAUGGAUAUGCAGAACUUCUCCCUGGAGAACAAAAGGGAGACUGAGUAUGGCCCGUGUCGGAGGGAGAUGGAAAGCAUCUUAAAUGGCCUCAAAAUCAGCAAUGUGCUCAAUCCAAGAGGGUUCCGCAUACCCAACUGUGAUAGAAGAGGCUUCUAUAAGAAAAGACAGUGCCGUCCAUCCAAAGGCAGAAGGCGGGGUUACUGCUGGUGCGUCGACAAAUACGGACAGCGCCUCCCUGGCUUUGACAGCAGAGACGAGAAACAGUGUCACAGUCGUGACGGCCAAUGA